AGCAGGAAAAGGAAUCGAGAUCUUUUUACGCACAGAGAACACCUGCAGGACUACAGAAAGGCAUCAUGACGCAGGGGAAGCUGUCACUUGCUAACAAGGCGAACAGUGACUCCACUGGACAGGCUUUUGUGGCCCCUGCUCCCCCCACAUAUGAGGAAGCUGCUGCAGAUAUUACUCCAUGCUACAAUGACGUUGAGAUGCUCACAGAGUUCACCUGGGAUGACCUCAACAUCAGGAGAGUCUUUAUUCGAAAGGUGUACACUAUCUUGAUGACCCAACUUUUGGUGACACUUGCUAUUGUGGCCCUUUUUACAUUCUGUGACCCUGUGAGAGACUACAUUCAAACUAACCCUGGGUGGUACUGGGCCUCAUACGUUGUGUUCUUUGUCACUUACUUGAUUCUUUCAUGCUGCUCUGCACCCAGGAGACAGUUUCCAUGGAAUCUGAUUCUGCUUGCCAUCUUUACGUUGUCCCUUUCCUAUAUGACAGGGAUGUUGUCCAGCUACUAUAACACCAAGUCAGUGGUGAUGUGUCUGGGCAUCACAGCAGCAGUCUGUCUCGUCGUCACAGUCUUCAGCUUCCAAACUAAAUUUGAUGUGACCUCCUGCCAAGGUAUCCUUAUCAUCUUCUGCAUUGUUAUGCUCAUCUCUGGACUGGUGUUGGCUGUUGUCCUCCCAUUUCAAUAUGUUCCUUGGUUGGAUGCCAUUUACGCGACCCUCGGAGCCAUUCUGUUUACUAUGUUUUUGGCAUUUGACACCCAGCUACUAAUGGGGAACAAGAAGUACUCCAUGAGCCCUGAAGAAUAUGUCUUUGCCACCCUCAGCAUCUACCUUGAUAUUGUGUACAUCUUCUCUUUCUUUCUGCAAAUCUUUGGAACUAAACAAGAAUAA